UCAGUCGCUCUCCCUGGGAAGUCAGAUCGAGGCUGGAGUUCCAUUGGAACCCUGCGCUGCAUUCCAUUCCAAUUCCAUUCAUGCUGGUCAGAGGCAGCGGCGGCAGCGGAGGAGCGAGCGAGGCGCGGAGCCCCGGCUUGCAGGGAGGGGGGAGGGCUAGUUGGUUGGUGUGGAAUGUAAUUAUGGCUGGCACAUCUGAAGCAAGCUCCGGUCCAGGCUGGCUGAUCAGGCUGCCAGUGUCCACGACGCCCUGAAUGUGAAGUCUAGCAGAAGCAGAGGAGACCGUGGCCCUGUAAUACCCCCUCCCAUCCCCGCACCCCUCUAUUUUGGGUUGGCUUCUAUUUAUUUUGUGGCUGGGUUUGUGCACGGCCCUGGUCGGAUGUGACACUGCUGCAAUGUGGCUCCUUCGGCUCAAGCACCACUUGUCCGUUAAUAUCUGGACCCUUCUGCUUUUGGGGAGCGCCUGGCUACCACUGGCAGAGGGCACCCCCAAGUCCCUCUUUAGGACUUUCUCUGUCACAGACUGGAGCUUGACACACCUGGUGGUCCACAACAAAACUGGGGAGGUCUAUGUGGGCGCUGUCAACCGGAUCUACAAGCUCUCCAACAACCUGACGCUGUUGCGUGCCCAUGUGACGGGGCCGGUGGAUGAUAACGAGAAGUGCUAUCCGCCCCCUAGCGUCCAGUCCUGCCCCCAUGGGCUGGUCACCACCAACAAUGUCAACAAGUUGCUGCUGGUGGACUACUCAGGGAACCGGCUGAUCGCCUGUGGUAGUGCCUCCCAGGGCAUCUGCCAGUUCCUACGCUUGGACGACCUCUUCAAGCUGGGGGAACCCCACCACCGCAAGGAGCACUACCUCUCCAGUGUCAAUGAGUCGGGCACCAUGUCAGGUGUCAUCAUUGAGGUGCUUAAUGGACAAAACAAGCUCUUCAUCGGGACGCCGAUCGAUGGGAAGUCCGAGUACUUCCCCACCCUCUCUAGCCGCAAGCUGAUGACCAACGAGGAGAACGCGGAGAUGUUUGGCUUCGUCUACCAGGACGAGUUUGUCUCCUCCCAGCUCAAGAUCCCCUCAGACACGCUCUCCAAAUUUCCCACGUUUGACAUUUACUACAUCUAUAGCUUCAGCAGUGAGCAGUUCGUCUACUACCUGACCUUGCAGCUGGACACCCAGCUCACCUCGCCUGACUCUACAGGGGAGCAAUUCUUCACCUCCAAAAUCGUCCGCCUCUGUGUGGACGACCCCAAGUUCUACUCCUACGUGGAGUUCCCCAUCGGCUGCGUGCGAGAUGGCGUCGAGUACCGCCUGAUACAGGACGCGUACCUCAGCAAGCCCGGCAAGGUGCUUGCCAGGCAGCUGGGCAUCUCGGAGCAGGAAGACAUCCUCUUCACUGUUUUCUCCCAGGGCCAGAAGAACAGGGUCAAGCCACCCAAGGAGUCCGUCCUCUGCCUCUUCACUCUGAAAAAGAUAAAAGACAAAAUCAAGGAGCGCAUCCAGUCUUGCUACCGAGGGGAGGGAAAGCUGUCACUGCCCUGGCUAUUGAACAAGGAAUUGGGUUGCAUCAACUCGCCUCUGCAGAUUGACGACUAUUUCUGUGGCCAGGAUUUUAACCAGCCGCUGGGCGGGACGGUGACCAUCGAGGGGACAGCGCUCUUUGUGGAUAAGGAGGAUGGCAUGACCUCGGUGGCUGCCUAUGACUACCGGGGACACACGGUGGUCUUCACCGGCACGCGGAGUGGCAGGAUCAAAAAGAUCCUGGUGGACUUGUCCAGUCCCAGCGGGCGGCCGGCGCUGCAGUAUGAGAACGUCGUGGCCCACGAGGGCAGCUCCAUCCUGCGAGACCUGGUGCUCAGCCCCGACCGCCAGCACAUCUACGCCAUGACUGAGAAACAGGUGACACGAGUGCCCGUGGAGAGCUGUGAGCAAUACAAGAGCUGUGCGCUGUGCCUGGGAUCCAAGGACCCCCACUGCGGCUGGUGUGUCCUUCAUAACGUCUGCUCGCGGAAGGACCGAUGUGAGCGGGCUGAUGAGCCUCAGCGCUUUGCCUCGGACCUGCGCCAGUGCGUCCAGCUCACCGUCCAGCCCAGGAACAUAUCGGUCACUAUGUCUGAGGUCUCGCUGGUUCUGCAGGCCUGGAACGUCCCAGAUCUCUCCGCCGGGGUAAACUGCUCCUUUGAAGAUUUCACGGAGUCCGAGAGCCGCAUUGAAGAUGGGAGGAUCUACUGUAGCUCUCCAUCUGCAAAGGAUGUGAUCCCCAUCACCAGGGGCAGGGGCGACAAGCGGGUGGUGAAGCUCUACUUGAAGUCCAAGGAGACUGGGAAGAAGUUUGCUGCUGUGGAUUUCAUUUUCUACAACUGCAGCGUCCAUCAGUCCUGCCUGUCCUGCGUGAAUGGCUCCUUCCCAUGCCACUGGUGUAAAUAUCGGCACAUCUGCACCCACAACGCUGCUGACUGCUCCUUCCAGGAGGGGCGUGUCAACAUGUCUGAGGACUGCCCACAGAUUCUGCCCUCCACCCAGAUCUACAUCCCUGUGGGCGUGGUGAAGCCCAUCACUCUGACAGCCAAGAACCUGCCACAGCCACAGUCCGGCCAGCGCAACUACGAAUGCAUCUUCCACAUCCCUGGCAGCGCCACCCGCGUCACAGCUCUGCGCUUCAACAGCACCAGCAUCCAGUGCCAGAACACCUCGUAUUUCUAUGAAGGGAAUGACAUCAGCGACCUGCCCGUGAACCUGUCCGUGGUGUGGAAUGGAAACUUUGUCAUCGACAACCCCCAGAACAUCCAGGCUCACCUGUACAAGUGCUCGGCCCUGCGUGAAAGCUGUGGCCUCUGCCUCAAGGCAGAUCCGCGCUUCGAGUGUGGCUGGUGCGUGACGGAGAAAAGGUGCACCCUGCGGCAGCACUGCCCGGCCUACGAGAGCAGCUGGAUGCAUGCCAGCAAUGGCAACAGCCGCUGUACAGACCCCAAGAUCAUCAAGCUGUCACCGGAGACAGGCCCCAGGCAGGGAGGGACCCGUCUGACCAUCACCGGGGAGAAUCUGGGCCUGAAGUUUGAGGAUGUGCGCAUGGGAGUGCGGGUCGGCAAAGUGAUGUGCAUCCCCAUCGAGAGCGAGUACAUCAGCGCGGAGCAAAUUGUGUGUGAGAUCGGAGACGCCAGCCCAGGCCGAGUCCAUGAUGCCCGUGUGGAGGUGUGCAUCAGGGACUGCUCCCCCAGCUACAGGGCCACAUCCCCCAAAAGCUUCACGUUUGUGACGCCCACUUUCUACCGUGUGACUCCGGCUCGGGGUCCCCUCUCUGGGGGCACCUGGAUUAGCAUUGAGGGUAACCACCUCAAUGCAGGCAGUGAUGUCACAGUGACCAUCGGGGGACGACCUUGUGUCUUUUCAUGGAGGAACGCUCGGGAGAUCCGGUGCCGGACGCCACCAGGCCAGAGCCCUGGUGGGUCACCCAUCCUCAUCAACAUCAACCGGGCCGAGUUGAGUAACUCCGAGGUGAAGUACAAUUACACAGAGGACCCCACCAUCCAGAAGAUAGACCCAGAGUGGAGCAUCAAUAGUGGUGGGACGUUGCUGACUGUGAUAGGCACCAACCUGGCCACUAUCAAAGAGCCUAGGAUCCGUGCCAAGUACGGCAGCGCUGAGAGGGAGAACAACUGUACUGUCUACAACGACACCACCAUGCUGUGCUACGCUCCAUCCAUCGACAACCCGUCCCGGAGCCCCCCAGAGAUCGGUGACCGCCCAGAUGAGAUUGGCUUUGUCAUGGAUAAUGUCCAGGCGCUGCUGAUUGUUAAUACCACCAGCUUCGUCUAUUAUCCGGACCCCGUCUUCGAGCCCCUCAGCCCCUCUGGCAUGCUGGAGCUCAAGCCCAGCUCUCCCCUUAUCCUCAAGGGCCGGAACCUGCUCCCGCCGGCUGCUGGUAACUCCCGGCUGAACUACACGGUGCUGAUUGGUGACACUCCCUGCGCCCUGACAGUCUCCGAGACUCAGCUCUUGUGCGAGUCGCCAAACCUCACGGGACAGCACAAAGUCACGAUCAAGGCUGGAGGGUUUGAGUUCUCCCCGGGGACGCUGCAGAUCUACUCAGACAGCCUCCUGACACUGCCUGCCAUCAUCGGGAUUGGUGGCGGAGGCGGCCUCCUCUUGCUCAUCAUCAUCAUCGUCCUCAUCGCCUACAAGCGCAAGUCCCGGGAUGCCGACCGCACCCUGAAACGCCUGCAGCUGCAGAUGGACAACCUGGAGUCCCGCGUGGCCUUGGAGUGCAAGGAGGCCUUUGCCGAACUGCAGACAGACAUCCACGAGCUGACGAACGACUUAGACGGGGCUGGCAUCCCCUUCCUGGACUAUCGCACCUACGCCAUGAGGGUCCUCUUCCCCGGGAUAGAAGACCAUCCUGUGCUGAAGGAGAUGGAGGUCCAGGCGAAUGUGGAGAAGUCCUUGAGCCUCUUUGGGCAGCUCUUGAACAAGAAGCAUUUCCUGCUGACCUUCAUCCGCACCUUGGAGGCGCAACGCAGCUUCUCCAUGCGGGACCGGGGCAACGUGGCUUCCCUAAUCAUGACAGCGCUGCAGGGGGAGAUGGAGUAUGCCACAGGCGUGCUGAAGCAGCUCCUCUCAGACCUGAUCGAGAAGAACCUGGAGAGUAAGAACCAUCCCAAGCUGCUCUUGCGGAGGACGGAGUCUGUGGCUGAGAAGAUGCUGACGAAUUGGUUCACGUUCCUCCUGUACAAGUUUUUAAAGGAGUGUGCUGGAGAGCCUCUCUUUAUGCUAUACUGUGCCAUCAAACAGCAGAUGGAAAAGGGACCCAUUGACGCCAUCACCGGAGAGGCCCGCUACUCGCUGAGCGAAGACAAGCUGAUCCGGCAGCAGAUUGACUACAAAAUGCUGACGCUGAACUGCGUGAACCCUGAGAAUGAGAAUGCCCCCGAGAUUCCCGUCAAGGUUCUGAAUUGUGACACCAUCACACAGGUGAAGGAGAAGCUGCUAGAUGCCGUCUACAAGGGCGUGCCCUACUCCCAGAGACCCAAGGCAGGAGACAUGGACCUGGAGUGGCGGCAGGGCAGGAUGGCCCGAAUCAUUCUGCAGGAUGAAGACGUGACCACAAAGAUAGAUAAUGACUGGAAAAGGCUCAACACCCUCGCCCACUACCAGGUGACUGACGGCUCCUCUGUGGCACUGGUGCCCAAGCAGAACUCGGCAUACAACAUCUCCAACUCUUCCACCUUCACCAAGUCACUGAGCAGAUACGAGAGCAUGCUCCGGACAGCCAGCAGCCCCGACAGUCUACGUUCACGGACCCCCAUGAUCACGCCUGACCUGGAGAGUGGUACCAAGCUUUGGCACCUAGUGAAGAAUCACGACCACAUGGACCAGCGGGAGGGAGACCGGGGCAGCAAGAUGGUGUCCGAGAUCUAUCUGACCCGUCUGCUGGCCACCAAGGGCACCUUGCAGAAGUUCGUCGAUGACCUGUUUGAGACCAUCUUCAGCACGGCACACCGCGGGAGCGCCCUGCCCCUGGCCAUCAAGUACAUGUUCGACUUUCUGGACGAACAAGCCGACAAACAUCAGAUCAACGAUUAUGACGUCAGGCACACCUGGAAGAGUAACUGUCUACCUCUGCGUUUUUGGGUGAAUGUGAUUAAGAACCCCCAGUUUGUGUUUGACAUUCACAAGAACAGUAUUACUGAUGCUUGCCUAUCCGUGGUGGCUCAGACAUUCAUGGACUCCUGCUCAACUUCUGAGCACAAGCUAGGGAAAGACUCUCCCUCCAACAAACUACUGUAUGCCAAGGACAUCCCCAACUAUAAGAGCUGGGUAGAAAGAUAUUAUGCAGAUAUUGCUAAAAUGCCAGCAAUCAGUGACCAGGACAUGAGUGCGUACCUGGCGGAGCAGUCCCGGUUACACCUGAGCCAGUUCAACAGCAUGAGUGCGCUGCACGAGAUCUACUCAUACAUCACCAAGUACAAGGAUGAGAUUUUAGCUGCUUUAGAGAAGGAUGAACAGGCCCGGAGGCAACGGCUGAGGAGUAAGCUGGAGCAGGCAAUUGACACAAUGGCCCUAAGCAGCUGAAAAGGCCGAGGCAGCCCUGACAGCUUUCCAGCAGUGGAUACUACAAGAGAGAGGCCAGCAAGCGGCAGCAGCAGAGUACUUUGGGUCCAGAGCCAAAUGGACACGCGGAGCCCACCGCGUCCCGAAACUCUUAACACAAACGAACAAGAAAACCUACCACUGUAUCACACCCAAUCCAAUCAGACCUAUCCAGAGACCUUGCAAAAGGGACGGUGUGGGCAGGAGUGCAAAGGAGCCGAGAAGAACUGCAGGGAGCUUGCAGCACACCCAGCACAGCUGCUCCGCCUGGGGACAUGUCCCCGAUCUGGCGAUGGAGGCUGGAGGGUCGGGGACUGCACUAACUUCUAGGGCAACAUGUCUGAUGUUGUUGUUUUUAGCGCAGGGAGGGUGGGCGGGGCUUUCGUUUUUUCUCUACUUGACUCGCUCCCCCUUCCUCCCCACCGGCCUCCCAGCUCUCCGCCCAUAUCCCUUCCCCCUUCUCUCUCUCUCUCCCCUCCCCACCCCGGCUCUCUGCCCUUCUGCCAUUAGUGUUAACUGCUAUAUUUGCACAAUUUACAAGAGAGAAACAAAAAAAUUUAAUUAAAACAAAGUAUAACACAAAGGGGGAGGGGAAGGGAGGUUCUAAAUUUUGCAACAAACUAACAAAAAAAAAGGAGGGUUUAAAAGAAUCACUCAAAGGACAGAUUCUGGGAGGAGAAGGGUGAGGGUGGGCAGGGAGUGGGAGACCAGUCCCAGAACCUUGGGGUAGUCCAUAAAAUUUGUCCUGGGCCAUGUUUGAUUUGAAUGUUGUUUAGUGCAGAAAGCAAAACAGGAUCUUUUGUUAGCUGAAUCAGCUCUAAUUUACAUGCUGCUUAAGUGGUGUCCGAAGGUCACAAUCCAAGAAGAGGAAGAACAGAGAGAGGGGUGACGAUCUUCGAGGCCUUUUCCCAGGGAUCGGCCAGUGCUGUGAAUCGUGGCGGGGGCGUGGCGUGGUCUCGACUUCAUCCUUGUUUUUAUUUGCAUGUUGCUGUUUCUGCGUGGGGCAGGACAAAGCUCUUCAUAGCCAGAGCUUGUGCUCCAUCCUCUCUUGUGAAGGGGAGUUUCCCGGCAGCAUUCCCUGGUGGCGGUCGGUGCUGUGAGCGGUGUCUGGGCCAUGGAGAAGCCCUCAGGGACCUUUCAAGCUGGGAAGCCGUUGAAAACAGACCUUUCAAAUGGGCAUCUCCAUGACUCCAAGUGCAGGUAGAUGACUGUAGUGGGGAGGUUGAUGUUCUGGGAGCUUGAGCUUGCGCUACAUCCAAGUGGAUUAGGAGCAAAGGGCUUUCCGACCCAAACAGGGGGAGCGGGAAGGCAGUGUCAGCAUGGGGCUUUCACAUCCUGUCUUUGCCUCCUUUGAGAGAGUUUCCUUCUGACGCCCCCUAACAGCCUGAGGUGCUGAGCAUCUCAGCACGUUUGCAGCUCUUGGUGUCCUUUAAAGCAGCCUUAAUGAAGCCACUGAUGGCAGCUGGCUCAUGCUCCAGCCGGGCUCCGGAAUCUCUACAAUCCCAGGGUUCUCCCAGCACUACCAGGCAGGCUCCUGCAUUGAAAGCCGUUGGAGACAGUAGUCCAACAUACCCUUUUCUUUAGCAAGGAGCUAGGUGUGAGGUGCGGGGAGCUGCCAGCCUGCCACUCUGCUGUAACUAAGCCUUAACCCGCUGCAGCCUAGCAGUCCAAUUACAAGCAUUUUUGGCUGGAGCUACAUCAGUGCAUUUGUUUCAGGUUAGGCCUAACCGAUCCCAGGAAAUGGGAAGAGGGUGGGGGGGCAUGAGGGCGGCCCUGGAAUUUUGACUGCAUGGUAAAACCAUUUUUCUUGGUCCUCUUUUUGUGCUGAUGUAAGGGAAGGGCCCGAGUCACCCAGGGAAAUGGUUUAGGUCCUUAUUUCUCUGCAGAAAUCUGUCACAGACCAGUGAUGCCAUAUAAGGCUUUUCUCUGUAGCUGCACUGGUUCCGGAGGGAUGUAUGGGCCGUAACCUUGAAUGGAAGGUUGUGUGUGGUCGGUUACAGGCUAAGAGGGCAAACCCCAAGUGGUGAUUGCUGUAGCUCUCCAGAUCUGAAUUUCCCGCAUACUCGGCUGUCUCAGAUCCCUGCUGCUACUGUGUACGCGGUCAGGAGCUGUUGGCACAAAAGGUUGGAGAGGGUUCUGUAAACUAAGCUGUUCAAUGAGCUUGCCAUGCGCUGGUUUAACAAAACAGGGGGCAGGCACCACUCACCCUGCUGUCCCCAAGCCCCAGGAGCUGUUGUGUGUGCAUGGCGUGUCUGUGCACAGCUCACACAGUGGUGAUGCUAGUUAUCCAGAUAGUUAUGUGCUCAGGUACCAGGGUGAAGGGCGCAAUAGAAAACCCUCUGAUAGAUCAUCAGGAGACUGUGCGAAAGGGAAGGUAGGAGGGACUGGGGGGUUUCUGCUGUGGCUGCCAUGUUGCGCUGUAUUUUGGUGGUGCUACACAUAGCUCAUACCUCCGCUGUGUAUGUACACAUACGACCACCCAGCGCCUGUAUGUCCCACCAGAGCCCUCACAUGGCAUCACUCAGUCAUGGUUGGAAAGGGCCCUGGAAUUCCAUAGGGCCGAUUUCCAGCCCCCCUCCCUGGGGAACGAGUGUCUUACAAAGCACCUGAGAAUUCUCCUUUUAGCCUUCAUUAGCCCGCUGAGAGCUAGGUGAGGAGCCAAAGCAUUCCACACCCCAGGAAACCAAACCCAGGCUAGGAUCUCACUGGGCUUCUGCCCGGAAUGUACCUCUCUUUCCCCUCUCCGUACUCGUUCUUCCCCUCUCGCUCUCCCCCGCUCUGUCUUUUUGGGUGAUUGUUGCAUUCUCUCAUUUCACUGGAAAUCCAGGGAUCCAUCUCCUUUGGAAGCCUCUGCUUGACAUGUCAGAUCUUCAUGGCUUUAUUAUUUAAAGAAACAAAGGUGCCGAGCCGCUGCCCAGACUCAGAGCAGGUGACCAAAACCUUCUAUAAACUUAGUUUUCUUUUGCAUACAGAACUGCGAAUCUACAUUGCUGCGUGGGCCGAGGAGGGGCCCACACCAUGCCAGAGGUGGGCUACUGAAAAUUUAAAAAUACCGGCUCGGUUUCUAUCCAUUCCCUUAGAUUGCAAGUAAGGGGCGGAGGGGGAAAAAUAAUGAAGUUUUUAAUUAAAAAAAAUAGUGUGUGUAUAUAUAUAUAUAUAUAUGUGGUUACAAUCUAAUUCUUGUGCCCCAGUGGGGUGCUGUAUAGUUAACUGAAGGAGAAACAAACCGAUAUUAAAUAUUAAAUGGAUUUACACAGCCAGUGGAAAAUACCAAAUGAUCUGGAAGAAAUUUCCAAGCAUUUCUCACCAAGCAGAACAAUCUUUUGAGCCUGCACAUCUCUAAUUACGUUGUAAUUUUGUUUUUUGAAUUAAAGAAGAGGAGAAGGAGAAGAUGAUUUUAAAAAAUAAAACAACAAAACCAAACCAAACAAAACAAAAAUAAAAAAUAAAAAAGAUAAAACAAAUACCCAACCCAACCUGAGCCAUCUCCGGAGUUGUGGGACCUGUGGGCUGUUGCAUGACUGUGCUAGAUUUUAGUCUGAGUUGAACUUUUUAAGGAACAAAAACAGAAAACUGCAAGUGUUGAAUACUAGAGGUUCGUUUAGACCUUUUCUUUUACAUUUUGGAAUUAAUUUGUCACUUUCUCAUCAAAGACAAAAAUUAAUUUGACUUCAACGGUUUACUUCUCAAAAUGGUCCUCAAAGACCCUUAAAGGACAGCUGUGUGCUAGCGGGCUCCCGAAAGAGGCAACAUCUGUUUCACUUGCUCUCUUGGGGUCUCCUUCAGCAGUGGCGAGAGGGAAGGAAUCCUCAAGUGAAACUGGGCUGUGGGCCAUGAAACACGGCUUUGUGGAUACUUUAGAAAAUGAAGGCCAGAUCCUCAGCUGGUGUGAAUGUGCAGAGCUUCAUUGAAAUCAGUGUUUUUUAAAGAGAGACGAGGCCACGUUGAUCUAAAGUUUUUCCCGUUUCUCCUUUUUGCUGUGUAGCACUGGUUGAAACAUGUUCAAGGCCAGUGCCACCAACCUGGCUAGGAAUUUACACACCUCACCGUGGUAUCUUGGCCGUAAUAAUCCACGUUAGUGGGAAGGGCAUUUCUGUGGUGAGGCUGCUUUAUUAUCUUUACCCCAAGAAUGACUUGAAGCAGGAACCAGUUGUUUUUUAAAUCCUCCAGCUACAUCAAAUAAGAGACGAUUUUAACACAGACAAUUUCUAGGCUGUAAUUACACCGCACGUGGUUUUUAAUGAGGUAGAAGGUAUGUAUGGGUGUGUGCCCAAAGGCAUUCUGGACAUGGGUUUUGGUUUAGCUACGCUAGAGAGGAGGCUGAGGGGAACAGUGAAAUCUCGAUUCAGAUCUGGACGCAAAGUUGAGCUGCAGGUCUAUGUCGGCUGGAGAGGGACUCAGUUCAGAUCAGGUGGGCAGGAGAGUGUAGUUCAGCCUGCCUGCACUUCUACCUGACCUUCCAGCCAUUGGGAGCGAGCUCCCCUGUGACCUCCUCCCUCCUACCUGCAUUUCUCCUUCCCAGUCAGUCUGCCUGAGUCAUUCAUCAUCCUCCCGCUCUUGUGCUGACAAAUUGUGAGGUCACCAGCCCUAAUCAGUAGCCUCAGUGAAUCAGGCAGGAGGAGCCAGCUGAGAAGGAAGGGAGACUGGGGGUGUUUUAAAUAGCAGGAAAGAAGUGAGUGCAAGUCCACGCUGGUGUGUAACAGGAUAUUGGUAUUUUUAUAGCUUGACUGACAUGAGCAGCACAUCUGCCUGAGCUGGCAUGAGCCCCUCUGAUGGUGAUAAUGGAGCCCAGGAUUCCCUGUAGGGCGUUAACUCUGGUCCUGGGAAUAGGCACAGCUCCCAGGGCAGGGCAGCCGCCUUCUCGUCCCCUUUCCCCCACUCAUCUUGGCGUGGCAUUUCUGGCAGGUGCUUUGGAAGUUGAUCAGUUUCUUCCACCAAAGACCAGCACAUUCCCACCUUGGAGACAGUGGUCCCAUCGCUGCCAGGCCCAGCUGUCGGUGAGGUCAGACAGCGGCUCCAUGACUUGAGAGAUCCUUAAGAAAGGGACCUUUUUUUUUUAAUACUCUCCACUUUUGCUAAGUUGUCAGGUGGUACUUUUAGCCUUUCACGUCUAACACCCAGGGUGUUUGAUCAUGCUCAGACUUCUGCCUGAUGCCUCAGAGCUCCACUCUUGCCCCCAGAACUGGGAUCUUUACCGUGCUGUUCAAACAGGAACCAGGGGAAUGGGAUGGGGGCAGCAAAGUGGAGACCUGCAGGCUUUGGCUGUGCAGAUUCUUCCAAAACAUCCUGCUGGGAAUGAAAACAGGGAGGGAAGGGCUUGCCAGAGCCCAGGCCUCCUCAUCUGCUCUCAGUGCUGAAACCUGAGCCCUUGGACUUUGGGUGGGUCCUGCUUUGCCCGAUGCUGGUGUCAGAGAAUAGACCACAGGGCUCAAUGCUGCAUUGGCCCAGGGUGGAAAUGACCAUGUGACUGUUGCCAUCUGAGUUAUCUUCUGAUUUGAGACAAUAUUCACACACUUCCUUUCGGUUCAGUUUUAGAUUUGAAAUGCAGCCAAGCCAUGGAAGUGCUCCUCUCUACCCUUCUAUCGAGAACGAGUCCACUGCCUGCUCAGCAGCUGGCCAGCUCAUGGGAGCUGAGUGGCCUGGCUCUCUGAAGGAACCACAGUGCACCAUUAGCUGUCCUUUAAGAAAGUCAGGGGGAAACCAACAGCAAAAGGCCGAGAACUUUAAUAGUAACAUACAGAGUCCUGAAAACUUUGUGAUUGUUUCAAACUUGAAGCAACUGUGCCAGUGUGGCUGGUCGACACCCUUCGACCGUGUAAAUAUCCUGCUAUUUCCUAUUUUAAUGUUCUUCAGAUUUAGUACUUGUAAAUAAACACGCGCAUCAAGGAGAGAUUAAACA